AAGUAAAUGCAACCCUGAGGAACGACGCGGCUUUCCAUUUACGCUCUCUUGAGCUUGCUAAAUAUACAAUAAGUUGAAUUUUCGCCUAUUCUGCACAAGUGAAAAGCACGCACAGGCAAGAAUUAAACGAUGGAUGACAUGCUGAGUCCUAACUUUAGCAUACCCAGUAUUGGGCAUGCACCGACACCGAUCCAUCACAGCCUCGACGCCGAUCAACAGAUUGAGGCAUUGCCACACCAAGUCUACCAUCCACCGGCACCGGAACCAACUCCAACAACAGCCAGCAGCUCAGUUCAGCAGCAGCAGCCGGAUGCUGGCUCAACUGGUGUCGAUGGAGGAAGUGGAGGCGGAGGUGGGGCAGGCGGAGGAGUAGUAACUGGAGGAAGUGGCCUAUUUGGCCACGAACCCACUUUACCUUUGGCCCACAAACAAAUGCAAGGCUAUCAGCCAACGGCAUCCUACCAACAACAGCAGCCGGGAGGAGGCGGUGGCACGCCUCAAUCCCUGAUGCAGCCGCAGACGCCGCAGAGCAUGAUGUCCCACAUGAUGCCCAUGACGGAGCGUUCCGGGGGCACAGCAAGUGUGGGAGGAGGAGGCGAUGCUGGAUCUUUGAGUAACAUACAUCAAACAAUGGGUCCAUCGACACCAAUGACUCCGGCGACGCCUGGUUCGGCGGAUCCCGGCAUUGUGCCGCAGUUGCAGAAUAUUGUGUCCACUGUGAAUCUGUGCUGCAAAUUGGAUCUGAAGAAGAUUGCGCUGCAUGCACGCAAUGCUGAAUAUAAUCCCAAGCGAUUCGCUGCUGUCAUCAUGCGCAUCAGGGAACCCCGCACCACGGCACUAAUUUUUAGUUCCGGCAAAAUGGUUUGCACGGGCGCCAAGAGCGAAGAUGACUCACGACUGGCGGCCAGGAAAUAUGCGCGUAUUAUACAAAAGCUGGGAUUUCCGGCGAAAUUCCUUGAUUUUAAGAUACAAAAUAUGGUUGGCUCUUGCGAUGUCAAAUUUCCCAUUCGGUUGGAGGGAUUGGUUCUCACUCAUUGCAAUUUCAGCAGUUAUGAACCAGAGCUAUUCCCUGGUCUCAUCUAUCGCAUGGUGCGUCCUCGCAUUGUGCUCCUCAUCUUUGUGUCCGGCAAGGUGGUGCUGACCGGUGCCAAGGUUCGACAGGAGAUUUAUGAUGCCUUCGACAAAAUCUUUCCCAUUUUGAAAAAGUUCAAGAAGCAGUCAUAAACUCUUUGUAUCUCUCUCUAGCGAUAAUUAACUCUUAAAGUUGACUAUUUGUAAAUCGAACUAGUUCAAUAUGAAAUAUGUGUGAGUCCGUUUUGUGUGUGUGCCUGUGUGAGUGAUACCGAUUAAUAUCGCCAAAUAAAAACUGUAUUUAGUUGUAUAUAUGUCA